AUGGUCAAGAAAGAAUCACAUUCUUCUGAUAACCUUACUGGAGGUUCACACAAAAAGGAAAUAAUGAGCAAAAUAACAACAGCCUUGGCUACUUUCUUCCUGUUGGUCAGCAUAGCCAUCAUCAUAGCAAUCGCUACAGUUCAGAAGCAACAAAGGACUUUUGUUUCUCCUGGACUUAAGUAUGGCAUAGUGCUAGAUGCUGGUUCCUCCAGAACUACUGUGUAUCUUUACCAGUGGCCAGCAGAGAAAGAGAACAACACCGGGGUUGUGACUCAGACCAAUAUGUGUCAGGUCAAAGGUCCAGGUAUCUCAGAAAUGAACAAAGAAUCAUGGAAAAACCUUAUGAAGUGCAUGGGAAUCAUAACAGAGACAGUCCCACUGAGUCAGCGCAAUUCCACAUCCAUUUUUCUUGGAGCAACUGCAGGAAUGAGAUUACUUCACCAGAAGAAUGAAGCGGCUGCUAAUAUCAUCCUGGUGGCUCUGCAGGAAUAUCUGCACUCUUUACCCUUCGAUUUCCAGAAUGCUUCCAUUAUCUCAGGUCAGGAAGAGGGUCUGUAUGGGUGGAUCACGGUCAACUAUCUGAUGGGAAACUUCCUGGAGAAGAAUAUAUGGAACGCCUGGAUUCAUGCACACGGAGCUAGGACUCAGGGCUCUCUGGACCUGGGCGGCGCAUCCACGCAGAUUGCCUUUGCAGCCCCAGACAACACUAGAGGGAAGGAUCUAGUCCAGGUGGCACUCUAUGGCUAUGAAUACAACAUCUACACACACAGCUUCUUGUGCUAUGGCAAAAAUGAGGCAGAGAAGAAAGUCUUAGCAGAGCUUGCAAAGAAGUCCUCGAACUGGUCACAUAUAAACCACCCGUGCUAUCCUGCUGGCUACAACAUCACCAUGAAAGCCAGUGAUGUCUUCGGCAGUGAAUGUACAAAGAGCCAGGCACCAGCUCAGAAUGGGCCAGAGAGGAACAUCACUUUCGUUGGACAGAGUGACCCAGCUAUGUGCAAACGUCUGGUCAGGAGGAUUUUUGAUCUGAAUUCUUGUCAUGGAAAAGAAAACUGCUCGUUUGAAGGAGUUUACCAACCACCUGUCACCGGGGACUUCAUGGCAUAUGCUGGCUUCUACCAUACUGCCAAGGCUCUGAACGUAAGUGGCUCUAACAGUUUAGAGAAGUUUAAUGCCACCAUGCGGUCAGUCUGCUCCAUGGACUGGAAAACACUCAAGAACAGUUACAAACUCCCAGAAGUACACUUGAAAUCUGUUUGUUACUCCGCAAACUAUGUUCAUACACUCCUCGUAGAUGGAUACAAGUUCAAUUCCGACAACUGGGAAAAUCUCAAUUUUAAAAAAGAGAUCAAUAACACAAGUAUAGCCUGGUCCCUGGGCUAUAUGCUAGCCCAGUCAAACAUGAUCCCAGCUGAGGCCAAACUGCUGAAACUUCCUAUACCCAACAUUGCUUUUGCUGCUCUUCUCUUCAUCCUCUCUGCCCUGAUCAUCAUUACCUUCAUGUUCCUCAUCAUCACCCUGGUGCGGUUCUGCUACUGA